UGUUUGAAGUACUACAAAGGCAAGAAGGCAAGGCAAGGAAAAACAAAACAGUGUCCCUCAAGUCCUCCCUGCAGUCGCAGCGAUGUGCAUGCUGCCUUUUGAGUCUUGGCAAUCAAGCAAGGUUGGUCGGGUGUCAUCGAGUGGGAAAGUGGGCACUCCCAUCCACCACCAAUCCGCAAAGAGAUCUAUAAGACGGGCCUCUCGCGGCCUGCAGAGAGUUCCGAGGAAAAGGGAGAUGGCGAGGUGCGGUCCGCCGAUGCCUCAUGCCUGAAUGAAUUGAACAACUGAAGGCUUGAUCGAGAAUGAAUGCAGAGAUGUCGUGAGCUCGUGAAGAUUUCAGGGAGCAUUAGGGAAUUAUAUUGUUGGGAGGGCUGCGUUGCAACUCUGUUGAAGUGCAAGUUAGACUGUGGACAAGUUCUGCAACACAAGGACUUUGGAAGGGAGAAAUGUUAAAGGUUUUUAGCAAGGAGAAAUGUUAAGGAGAUGGGCAAGAAAGGAAGCUGGUUUACUGCACUCAAGAAGGCCUUCACCUCCAGCCCCAAGGAGAAGCCAACAAAUGUGCAUCAGCUGGUAGCGCAGUACCCGCCGCCGCACGGGCACGCGAGGGAGAAGAAGCGAUGGGGCGGCUUCGGGCGGUCGCGGCCCUACGCAGAGCCGGCGUCGCCGGCGGCGGGCGCGCUGAUCAACAUCCCGCUGUACCGCGAGCCGAGCAGCAUCGAGAAGAUCCUCGGCGACGAGGAGAUGGAUCAGCAGCGCCAGUACUACGCCGCCACCAGGGCGCAGUACCAGAUCACGCCCGCCAGACCCACCGCCGCCGCCGUCGCCGUUAGCGCUGCUUCAGCUGCCGCGCCGCUGCCACAGCCGGUGGCAACAGCGCGUGAGCGCGUGCGCGAGCGCAGCAGAGACGACAAGCCGGCCGCCGUGGUGCUCCCGCUGCCCCCGCCAUCCCCGCCGCCGCUGAUCAGGAGGUUCGACCAUGACAGAGAGCAGCAGCAGAAGCUGCAGCAGCUCCAGCAGCACAGCAGGGCCGAGACGGAGUGGCGCCAGCAGCCGCCGAGGCGGCACCGCGCGGCGAGGCAGCGCACCGCGCCGCCGGACCGCGCGCGCGCCGCGGCCGUGGCGAUCCAGUCCGCGUUCCGGGGCUACAUGGCGCGGCGGAACUACCAGUCGCUGCGCGGGCUGAUCCGGCUGCAGGGCGUGAUGCGGGGCGCCAGCGUGCGGCGGCAGACGGCGCACGCGAUGCGGUGCAUGCAGACGCUGGUCCGCGUGCAGGCGCAGGUGCGCGCCAGCCGCGUCGAGGCCAUGGAGCGGCGCAACCGGCAGCACCACGGCGCCAUGCUCAGGGACGGCGGCAGGUGGCGCGCCGGCUCACAGGACGGCGGCAUCUGGGACGACAGCCGGCUGACGCGGCAGGAGGCGGACGCGCGGACGAAGCGGAAGGUGGAGGCCGUGAUCAAGCGCGAGAGAGCCCUCGCCUACGCCUACUCGCAUCAGCUGCUGAAGGCGACGCCGAUGGCGGCCCACGCGAUCCUGUCGGACCUGCAGUCGGGCCGGAGCCCCUGGUGGUGGACGCCCAUCGAGCGCCGCCACGAGCCGGAGGCGGCCUACCGCUCCGUCGAGGCCGCCAGCAAACCCCGCCCGGCUCUAACCACCGCCCACCGCGAGAUGAUGACGCCGAUGGCGAUGACGGCGGCGGCGACACCGGCCCGGUCGGCGGUCUCGGCCUACUCCAAGCCACGGUCCACGAGGCCCGCGCCCGCCAAGGGGGCGGGGAGCAUGAGCAUCCGCGACGACGAGAGCCUGACGAGCUGCCCGGCGUUCGGUGGCGUGCCCAACUACAUGACGCCGACGCUGUCGGCCUCCGCCAAGGCGCGGGCGCGGGCGCAGCUUCUCCUCCAGCAGCGGCAGCAGCAGCAGAAGGCGGCCCAGGAGAAGCCCAGGUUCUCGUUCGGGCUGGGCCAGAGCAUCGGGAGCUGGGCCAAGAGCCCGUUCUGGAAGGCGCCGUCGUCGAGGGUGGGCACGCCGGCGGCGUCGGUGGCCGGCGGGCGCCACCGGCCGACGCGGUCGAUCAGCGGCCUGAGCGUCGACUCCACCGCGUCCAUGCCGGCCGGGAUCGGCAGGAGGCCCUUCAAGUAGAUACGUGUCCAACCGUGGGUUGCAUUCUUCUUCUUCCUCCUCCUCCUCCAGCUUCUCUCGGACUUGGGAUUUGUACGUGAUUGGUGGUGUGGUUUGGUGUGGGUUUCCAAUGCGUUUGGUGGCUCGCUGGCUCCUUUGUCUCGAGCCCUUCAUGUGUUUUGAGGGGCCAGUGAGCUGUGGCAUGUAAAAACUCGGCGACUCCACCGAACAAUCGUUUCCACGCGUCGAGUUCGUUCGUGCGUUGCUUUGUCAGUGAGCCCUUCAUGUUCUUUCUCCUAGGCUUUCUACAGAAAAAUUCUUACAAAACAUUUUUGCCACCUUUUUUUCCCCAAAAAAGGUGUAUUGUUUUUUUUGGUGAAUAUGAUGUUUGGUAAUAAGUCUGCA